GUCCGCCAGCGUCCGCUGACUUCAAGAUGUUGCCGAAGUCCUGUCAUUUUCUUGCUAGUCUCGCUGUUGAAUACUUUACUUUCUUCUGACACUUUCCUCCGUUGCAACUUUCCUCGACAUCUCGCUAGUGUUUCUUCACACCGGAUUGUGUACGUCAGAUACCGCUAAGAGCUCGACAACAGAAGAGGCGCGGAUAACUAGCCUUCCUGGCUACUUCGUAUUGCCUACAACUACGAAUUAGGCUGCAUUCCUAGCACUUUGCCAACGCCACCAUGGGCAUCGGCGCGGUCGCGGAACCGCUAGUUGUAGUGACCUUGCUCUUCGGAGGUACAUGGGUUAAUCGCAACAAAGAAUACAAGCUGUUUGGCCGUGGGAGAGACCACGCUUCCUCACCACGAUCAUCUUCACCAGACUCCGAGUCAGGACGUUCCUCACAUUCAACCGACUCACUCCUGGCCGGCGUGGACGAGGUUCCAAAAUGGCGAACACGAGAGCUAAAAAUCUUCGGUUACCGGACUGAAGUCACCUCGCCAAAUUCGCGAAGGUUCAAGGACUACUUCCUCAGCCGACUGCUAAGGAAAUUCCCGUUUCUCGUAGAAGCAUGGUACUGGGCUCUGAUCUACUGGGUCUACCAACUUGGCCGCGCCUUCAGCGCCGUAACAAUGGUUGAAGGCACAGUCAAUGUUGCGCGUCGUCACGCUCUGCAAGUGAUUCACCUCGAGCAACGCCUCAACAUCUUCCACGAACUCGACAUCCAGAAGUGGUUUCUUCAACACCCCCUACUUCUCCACUGGACAAACCGGACAUACAGCUUCAUCCACAUCCCUGGCACCAUCCUCUUCCUCGUUUUCCUCUUCUUCUACACAACCAUGCAAAACCGCAUCGAUCUACCAUCCCACCACCAACGCAACCACAAAUCCUCAAGCCCAAUCCGCCAACCCUACAGCAGCAUCGCCGGACCCAAACUCUACGAAGCGCGCCGCCGCACAAUGGCAACCUGCAACCUCAUCGCCUUCAUCGUCUUCACACUGUGGCCCUGCAUGCCACCCCGUCUCCUCUCCGACCUGAACGUGCCCGGCGACAUCGGCAAAGAAGCGCGCAGCUACGGCUUCGUCGACACCGUGCACGGCGCCGAAGGCGAAAGCUCCGUGUGGACGCAGAACAAGUUCUGCAACCAGUACGCCGCCAUGCCGUCGCUGCACUUCGGCUACAGCCUGCUCGUCGGCCUGACGAUUGUGUUUCUGCCGCUCGCGCCACAGCACCAGCGCGGCAGCGUGCUGAGCGUGCGCACGCCGUUCGCAGGGAAGACGAUGAGGUUGAGGCUGCCGAGUGUACGCCGGCUGGCGUGUCUGGCGGUUGGUGUGGCGUAUCCGGCGAUCAUCCUCGUUGCUAUUGUGGCGACGGCGAAUCACUUCAUCUUGGAUGCGGUGGCGGGCGCGAUGGUGUGCGGGCUCGCGUGGAACGGUAAUCGAGUGUUGCUGAAUUUGCUGCCGCUGGAAGACUACUUCUUGUGGUGUGUUAGGAUCGACAAGCCGGAGAGGCGGGCGGUAUUGUUCGAGGAUGAUGAUGACGAGAGGGUGGUGAAGAAGGGUGUUGUUAUUCGAUGAAGCGAUGCGGUAAUGAUGAGAGCCAGAGUAAUGAUCAGCGGCGGUAGUGGAGGGAGGACGUAAUGCGACUUGCGGAAGCAAGACUGACGGCUGCACGAUACCCUAUGAGCUCUUUAUGUUUUCGUAUUUAUGUAAGCUUGGAAACGGCAAUUGGUUUUACUAUGUUCAUG